UGAUUAAGACGGGAGAAAAGAUGUUUGAGUUACUUGACAAAUGGGUAGAGCAAGUUGGUGAAGAGAAUGUUAUUCAAGUUAUAACAGAUAAUCACUCAAGUUAUGUGAUGGCAGGGAGGUUGUUAGAAUUAAAGCGUCCACAUUUGUAUUGGACACCAUGUGCUGCACAUUGCCUUGACUUGAUGUUGGAAGAUAUUGGAAAGCUACCAAACAUCAAGAGGACAUUGGAGGGGGCUAUAUCACUAAAUGGGUAUAUUUAUAAUCGCUCAGGGCUACUCAACAUGAUGAGGCGGUUUAUUGGACAAAGGGAAUUGCUUAGGCCUGCUAAGACUCGGUUUGCAACUGCUUUCAUCACAUUAUCGCGAUUGCAUGAACAAAAAAACAAUUUGAGGAAGAUGUUUACAAGCUCAGAUUGGUCAGAUAGUAAAUGGGCAAAAGAGUAGAAGGGGAAAACUAUAGCCAACAUAGUUCUAAUGCCUUCAUUUUGGAACACUAUUGUGUUUUGCUUAAAGGUUUCGGGUCCCCUAGUUCGUGUGCUUCGUUUGGUUGAUGGUGAAAAAAAAGCUCCUAUGGGAUACAUCUAUGAGGCCAUGAAUAGAGCUAAGGAUGCAAUUGUGAGAAGUUUUAAUGGAAAUGAAGAGAAGUACAAAGAAAUCUUCAACAUCAUUGAUAAGAGGUGGGAGAUUCAGCUUCAUCGGCCUUUGCAUGCAGCAGGGUACUUUUUGAACCCGGAAUUCUUCUAUGAUAAGCCAGAAAUAGAGCAUGAUGCCGAGAUUAUGAGUGAUUUGUAUAAAUGCAUCUUAAGGCUAACAAGAGACCCUGCUAAGCAAGAAAAAGUUGUGGCCGAAGUGAGUUUGUUCACAAAUGCCCAAGGACUAUUCGGGAAUGAGUUAGCUGUUAGGACAAGAAAGACUAGAGCACCAGCUGAAUGGUGGGCUGCAUAUGGAGCUUCAGCUCCAAAUUUGCAAAAGUUUGCAAUGAAAGUCCUCAACUUAACAUGCAGUGCAUCAGGUUGUGAACGGAAUUGGAGCAUCUUUGAGAAUAUUCAUAGCAAGAGGAGAAAUAGGUUAGAUCAUCAACGCUUGAAUGAUUUGGUGUACAUCAAGUAUAAUCGAGCCUUGAAGAGAAAAUACAAUGAACGUAACACCAUUGACCCAAUUUCCUUGAAAGAUAUAGAUGAUAGCAAUGAAUGGUUAAUAGGGAGAAUGGAAGAUGAGGAUUCUCAUGGAGGUGCACAAGAUGAUUUUGUAUUUGAUGAUGACAAUUUGACAUGGGGUGAUGUUGCUAGAGCUGCUGGAGCUGAGGAGGCCAGGUUUGAUACUAGAGCUAGAGCUAGAGCAAGCUCAAGCAUAAUACCACCAACAAGGGGGAUAGCUUCAAGUUCUAGAACUUUGCCUUCUUAUUCACUAAUAGAUGAAGAUGAAGAUGGAGACAUGGUUGAUUCAGUAGAUGAAGAAGAUGGGGAAGGCUACAAAUGUGGUGAUGGAAAUGAUAAUAAUGAUGAUUUUAUAUCUGACAAACACCGCAUACAACCACAGUUCCUAGCAGAUUUUCUGAGGAUUGAGUGUCUCAGGAAGAGGAGCGGAAAUACAUUUGUCCUGAUCUACCAUGACGGAAGUCAGCAUCUGGCGCCUUCUUUGUUCCUGGGCUUUUCGUCUCUUGGUUUCAAGGAUGAAGAGAAGAGCAGUAAUGUCAGCAGGGCUCACUCCACCCACUCUACUUGCUUGACCAAUGGUUUGUGGCCGGAUCUGAGAGCAUGCAAACCAAAUAUUUCAAUGGACCAGUCACGUGAGAUUUCCAAGUACUAA